CCCUCUGUGCUCCCCCCAGGUUCUGACACCAGCCACCUACCCCCCAGGAAGAUGGCUAGCCCAUGGCUUUUCGCCUUCCUCUGUGGUUUGCUGACAGCCCCUUUGGCCGGAGCCACCCUCAACUCCCCUGCAGUUCUCAGCCUCAGCUCAGAAAUCGUCAAAGAUAAACUGACACAGGAACUGAAGAACAGCGAUGCCACCCAAAUCCUCCAGCAGCUGCCACUGCUCAGUGAGAUACAAAAGGAGCCGGCCAGCGAUAUCCCCAUCAUAGGCAACUUAGUGGACUACCUCCUGAACCACAUCGUCUGGCUGAAAGUCACCUCAGCCAACAUCCUCCAGCUGCAGGUGCAACCCUCGGCUAAUGGCCAGGAGCUGGUGGUCAAGGUCCCCCUGAGCAUGGUGGCUGGAUUCAACACGCCCAUUGUCAAGACCAUCGUGGAAAUGCACAUGAAGACAGAGAUCCAAGCCAACAUCCAAGUGCAGACCAGCGAGAGCGGCCAACCCCACCUCGUGCUCAGCGACUGCUCCAAUAGCCAGGACAGCCUGACCAUCACCCUGCUGGACAAGAGGCUCUCCUUCCUGGUCAACUCCUUAGCCAAAGAGGUCAUGAGCCUCCUGAUGCCAGCGCUGCCCAAACUGGUGAAAAGCCAGCUGUGUCCCGUGAUCCAGAAAGCCUUUGAGGACUCACGUGAAGACCUCCUAAACCUGGUGAAGGUGCCAGUUACCCUCGGCCCUGACCACCUGGAGUUUGACAUUCUGUCUCCUGCCAUCAAGGAUAAUUUCAUCCAGCUCAACCUGGGGGUCAAGUUCCUGGACUCACAAGGAAAGGUGACCCAGUGGUUCAAUGAAUCAGCAGCUUCCCUGACGAUGCCCACCGUGGUCAGCGCCCCUUUCAGCCUCGCCUUCAGGCAGGAUGUGGUGAACGCGGCAGUAGGUGUCUUGCUCCCUCCAGGAGAACUCAUGGUCCUGUUGAACUACGUGUUUCCUGAGCUGGCCCAGCAGCUGAAGACGAGCAUGAAGGCGAUCAAUGAAACGGCUGCAGAGAAGCUGGGGCCCACACAGAUCGUGAAGAUCCUAAUUCAGGAGACUCCAGACAUCUUUCUGGCUCAGGGCAGUGCCACAGCAGUCCAAUUGAUUGCGCUGGAACUAUUUGCCACCAAUGAAGUCAGCCGCCCCUUCUUCACCCUGGGAAUCGAAGCCAGCUCAGAAGCUCAAUUUUACACCGAAGGUGACCAACUGAUGCUCAACUUAAAUGAAAUCAGCUCUGAUAGGAUCUACCUGAUGAACUCAAGCUUUGGCCUUUUCAACCCCGAUCUUCUGAAAGAUAUCGUCACCCAGAUCCUCGCCUCUGUCCUCCUGCCUAACGAAAAUGGUAAACUAAGAUCCGGAGUACAGAUGUCAACAGUGAAGGCCUUCGGAUUCGAGUCACCUUCGAUAUCUCUCACCAAGGAUGCCCUUGUGAUCACCGCAGCCGCCUAGUAGAAACGUGACCUCUGUCCUCUCUCCUGGUGAAGACGGACAGUCUCCCUUCACAGCAGGCUGGGUCCCAGUGGGGAUGUGGGAGCCAGCUCUGUUGACUAUCCCUCUCUGCAAUAAAUAAAUAUUAGUCUGUGACUACUGCAA